AUGGUAGAAGACACCAAAAUAAGGAACAAAGGAAGCAGAAAAGGCAAGAACACCCAGGUUUGGGUAGACAAUGAUGCCACAAAUGAGAAUGAGCUGGAGGUCAUCAACAAUGAAGCCAACAAAGACACCAACUCUGACUCUGACUUCGAUGAUGGCAACAAGCAAUAUAACUUUUGCACCCUAGCAAAACUCCUCGAACCCAUGCCAAAGCUCACAUCAUGCAGCUAUUAUAGCUGGAGCACUCAUGUGAAAUCUUUCCUCCGAUCUGUGCCCCACGCGAUGAAACAUCUCGAGGGAACAUAUGACAAGAAGCACCCGAAAUGGAGCUGCUCCCUCGAUGAUGCUUUAAUUAAUGCCCUGCAUGGAACAAUCGACACUACCAGAGAACACAAUGUAAAUUACCUUGUUCUAGAUGUAAUCAAAGAGUACCUUACUUUCAAUCAAGUAUGGAGAAAGAUUGAAAACAGUCUCACAAACGAAGCCACCAAAACGUCUCACAGACUUGCACUCAUCUCACAGCUCAAUGAUACAAAGAUGUUUCACUCAGAUGUCAGAAAGCUAAUUCAAGAGAUCUGGUCCAUACAGACUGAAAGCAGCCUCCUCGGCAAACCAUUUGCCAAUGAUACAUUGUUCUUGGCUCUGCAAAAAUGCACGAUCCGGCAUCCAGUGUAUAAGGAGACAGUCACUACUGUCCAUCAAAUUGACUUCAACACCCUCACCACCACACUAAGCAUCCAGCAGACCACUGUCAAGAGUGUUCCCAUGCAAAAGAUCGACCCCCAACAAGCCAGCGCUAGAACUGCUGGCAAUGAUGAUCAAAAUGAACGGACUGGAGAGAUCGAAGCUGAGGCUGACAACAGCCACAUGAGCUCGAGGAAUGCAGGCAGACCACACUGA